UUUAACAAAAAUUGAUCAAGGACAACACUAGCACGCAACACAGCUAAUUCCGGCGGCUAUGGCGCACCGUCUCCUCGCUUCUGGUGCCCACCGCCACCUCAAGUCUCUUGCUUCCUCUUCAUCUGUCUCCUCUCGAUCCUACAUCUCUGAGAUGCGCCACUCCGCCUUCAGGGAGAAACUCCUCCGUAUCCUCCGCACCGAGAUUGCCUACGAGGGUGAGUCGCGACCGGCCCUUUAUCCAGCGGUAGAUUUUGGGCCUUUUAAUGUAGACCAUCGUCCCGGCGAGAAGUGGAUCCAGCUUCGACGGAGCUACGGCCGGGAGGAUAUCAAAAUCGACGCUACCAUGUUCGAUGGCGCUGCUCCAUCCACUCGCUCGGCUGCGGCAGCAGGGGAGGCUGACCCCAGCGACGCCCGCCUCCACAUCAGCCUCAUGGUCGAGGUAUCCAAGGGCGAUGCAUCUGAGUUCGUCCUCCAGUUCUCUUGCUCCGCGUGGCCUGACGAUCUUGAGGUGGAUUACUUCUUUCCCGUCCGCCAUGGCAAUGUUGCACUUAAGCAGUAUAUGGGUCUUAAUUUCAGGGAGUUGGAUGAAGAGGUGCAAGAUGCGGUUCGAGAGUACCUGGAGAAGCGAGGGGUUAACGAGGAACUUGCAGUGUUUUUGCAUGGUUAUAUGGCCAACAAGGACAGGACUGAGCUGCUCCGGUGGCUGAGUAACAUUGAGACUUUUGUCAAAAAACAGCAUAUAUGAAGUUAUUCCCCGCGAGGAUGUAAACUGAAAAUCACUUUCUAUUGUCGAUUCAAAUCUUCAUGUCUUGAUCUAUAAAUGCUCCUGGAGUGGCAAAGUUUCUUGUGCAAAACUUUGGUUAGUAAUUGCCAUUACCUCAACUUGAUUGUUUUAUUCUUGCCAUGCGUAAUCAACUUACUGAGAAUUUACUUUAGUUUAAUGGGUCUUGAAUUUGAUGUACUUGAAGUUAAUGCAUCUGAUAUCAUACCUCUUUGUUGCUUAUAAUUUUAUGUUAAAUCGAUUUUUUAUGCAAUUGAUUUAUUUGAUUAGUGUCCCUAAUCAUCAUCUAAUACAAUAUUUUGGCACACCAACAUCAUCGAUAGGAAAG